AUGCAGCGUUUCAGGGAAGGCAUUCACAUACGCACCAUGAAGGCAAAGAGGAAAGUGGAGGAGAUCUCCAAAGAGGACAUCCAGGCUUUCCUCAAGAAGAAUGCCUUUGUGCUCUUUACAGUUGGGGCAGUUAUUAUAGGUAUCGCUCUGGGAUUCGCUCUCCGUCCGUAUAAGAUGACCUAUCGAGAAGUGAAGUACUUCUCUUUCCCCGGAGAGCUUUUAAUGAGAAUGCUUCAGAUGCUUGUUCUCCCCUUACUGAUCUCCAGUCUAAUAACAGGAAUGGCAGCUUUGGACAGCAAAGCCUCAGGAAAGAUGGGUAUGAGAGCCGUGAUUUACUACAUGACCACGACCUUUAUCGCAGUCUUCAUCGGUAUCAUAAUCGUCCUCAUCAUCCACCCAGGAAAAGGAUCCAAAGAGGAGUUUGGAAAGCAGCAGACGAUAGAGCAAGUCAGUCCUGCUGAUGCCUUCUUAGAUCUGAUCAGAAAUAUGUUUCCACCAAACUUGGUCCAAGCCUGCACACAGCAGUUCAAAACCAAAUAUGGAAAGCGAGUAGUCCAUGUGACAGUGACAGUGAAUGACAGCCUCUUCAACUCAACCAACGGCACCCAGGAGAGCAUGGAGAUCACCCGGGAGGAAGUGAUCCCGGUGCAGGGUCAGGUGAACGGGGUCAACGCCCUCGGGCUGGUGGUCUUCUCCAUGUGCUUUGGUCUAAUAAUUGGCAACAUGAAGGAGCAGGGCCAGCUCCUGAGGGAUUUCUUUGACAGUCUCAAUGAAGCUAUUAUGCGCCUGGUUUCCAUCAUCAUGUGGUAUGCUCCUAUUGGUAUCCUGUUCCUGAUUGCAGGAAAGAUUGUGGAGAUGGAUGAUCUGACACAGAUGGGUGGUCAGCUGGGCAUGUAUACCAUCACAGUUAUCAUUGGCUUACUGAUCCAUGCUGUUCUUAUUCUUCCCACUCUUUAUUUUGCCAUCACUCGCCAAAACCCAUUUGUCUUCAUUGCUGGCCUCCUGCAAGCUCUGAUAACAGCCCUGGGGACAUCCUCUAGCUCGGCCACCCUCCCUGUCACCUUCAAAUGUCUGGAGGAGAACAACAAAAUUGACAAGCGAAUCACGCGUUUCAUUCUGCCCGUCGGUGCCACUAUCAACAUGGACGGGACGGCUCUGUAUGAGGCACUGGCAGCCAUCUUCAUUGCCCAGGUCAACAACAUGGAGAUGAACUUUGGCCAGAUCAUCACCAUCAGUAUCACAGCAACUGCAGCCAGUAUUGGAGCUGCUGGCAUCCCUCAGGCAGGCCUGGUCACCAUGGUGAUUGUACUGACCUCUGUUGGACUUCCUACCGAUGACAUCACUCUCAUCAUUGCGGUUGAUUGGUUCCUGGACCGUCUGCGUACCACGACCAACGUUUUGGGGGAUUCGAUCGGAGCCGGCAUCGUGGAGUUCCUGUCUCGACACGAGCUCCGCAGCAAAGACGUGGAGAUGGGAAACUCAGUGCUGGAAGAGAAGGAGAGGAAGAAACCUUACAAGCUCAUCUCCCAGGAUAGCGAUUUUGAAAACGACAAACGUGGACACAGUGAAUCUAACAUGUAGUUCAGCCUUCUGCUGUAUUUAUUCACACAUACAAACACUUACAGCUGGUUCUGUUUUGGAUAGUAGGGACCUAAUUGUGAGAUGUUGUCAGCCAUAAUUUUACUGUCAUUACUUCACAUGUUGGAUUUGUUAACAUUCCUUUAUUGUCGUGUGACUGCCUUACAUUCCUAUUUGAUCUAAAUUUACAAAGAUGACAUCCUGUAAAAUAUGCAUCUGUCAUUUGUUUAAAAUAGGUUCAUCUGUGUCAUAUAGUUGAGGUGAAAGUAGGUUUUGAUACAUGCUUGAUGAAGGAUUUGAAAUAUAACGCCACUAAGCAGGGGCAGAAAGUAGGCUGCUGGGUACAAACAGUCCCAUACAGUCAUAGGUAGUAUCAUGAGGAAACUGAUUGCUUUUGAAGAUAUUAUGUGAUUAUGAAGAAAUUAUAUAUUGAGACUUUUUACCAUUUUGUCUACAGGACAUGAUUAACUUAAAUUCAAACUCUAUCUACAUUGUCCCAACAUUAGUUGGUUAAUAUUGUGGUUAUUACAGACAUUUGAUGAUUUUAAUGUUUCAGUGGUACAGACUCUUUCUUACACACCUAGGAUUGCAAAUGCAUGCGUGUGUGCGCACAUUCACAUUUCGACUGUGUGACUUACUGAAUUUUUUUUACCAACAUUGCUGUUUUACUGUAGAAAUGAGACGUGAAUAUGUUGGGUGAUUAAUAUAUGUUAAAGCCUCUGAUUUGAUUAUGAAGCGGAUAUCCAAGUCUUGAAUGAAAUUGAAAAACUUUUGUUGAAAGCAGUUGUCUAAGUUUUUGUUUAUUAUAACUUUAGUGAAAUAAACAGAAAAAAGCCUCUCCUGUCUGUCUCCAUUUCGUUUUAAAUGUCAGGGGUUAUUUCAGGGGUCAAAUAAUCCAACCAUGCUUCCUAAAUUUUG